AUGGCGGCUUUAGGGCGUUGUAUUUCUCGAUCCGCCGACAAGAGCCUCCAUUUCUUUCGAGCUCUAAAACAGUCAACAUUUGAAUGGGAUGCUUCAGCAGAAGAGGCAUUUCAACAACUCAAAAACCAUCUAGCAAGUCUUCCCAAGUUAGUUUCACCUUUACCAGGAGAAACACUCUUCGUAUACCUCGCGGUAUCUAAGCACGCUAUUAGUGCGGUCCUCGUGGCCGAACAUGAGAAGAAUCAGCAUCCUGUAUACUUCGUGAGUCAUGCCUUCCGAGGCACAGAGUCCAAAUAUCCCCCAAUCGAGAAAAUGAUCUUUGCGCUGGUUCUUGCAACUCGGAAGCUUAAGCCUUACUUCCAGGCUCACACUAAUAAAGUUCUCACAUGCCAGCCUAUACGAAAGGUGAUCGAGGGGAAGAAUCAGUCGAGCAGGGUGACGGAUUGGGCCAACCAAAAAUUGGACUUUGGCAUAGAAUUCGAGCCCCGACGCGCCAUAAAAGCUCAAGCCCUUGCUGAUUUCAUAGCAGAGUGCACCUCCCGGCCCGAGCCUAUCGAAGAGGGAUCCUGGAACCUCUUCGUUGAUGGGUCGUCAUCCAAAGUGGGAUGUGGCGCUGGGCUCCUGAUCCUCGAUCCGCCGGCCAACAGAACUGAAUAUGCAGUUAAGUUCGACUUUGCCGCCUCAAAUAACGAGGCCGAGUACGAAGCGCUGCUCCUAGGCAUCCAGCUUUGCAAAACGGCCGGCGCUCGAGAACUUAAUGCUCACUCUGACUCCCAAUUAAUCGUUGGACAAGUAACAGGGGCGUUCGAGGUGAAGGAAAACAAUAUGAGGAUGUAUCUAAGGAAGGUAAAAGAAGAUAUUUCCGGCUUAUCCCUCUUAUCCAUAACUCACAUCCCUCGAUCAGAGAACCAACAAGCGGAUGCUUUGUCAAGAUUGGCGAGUUCGGCAGAGGAUCUAUCGCCUCGACCCAUAAUGUGGGAAGUCCUGAAAGCGCCCAACAUGAAUAGGGGAGUAACCACUCUCGACAGAAAUCCUACGUGGAUGGACAAAAUCAUAACAUUCAUUCGAGAUGGCGUCCUCCCUGAAGAUGAACUCGAGGCAGAGCGGGUUCGAAGGCAAGCGCGCUGGUUCGCCUAUCACGAAGGGUAG